AUGUCAUUUGCUAACGUGGAGCUUCUGAGAAAUGAUGCAUGGAAGGAAAAGGCAAUCAAAUUCUGCGGAGGAAGAAGAAGAUCGAACCCACUAUUUGACCAAACUAGCCGAGUGAAGCAGAAUCGUACCUUGCCACGUCACCGGCUUUUUCUUCAACUCUCAGAAUUGACAUUUCAAGGUGCUGUUUUGGAUCUAUUCCAAGCCGACCACGACGAGCUUCAGAGUCAGAUGACGGAAAUAUCCUCAGCCAUGUACUUGCCUGAAUUCGGAAUGGAGGAUCUGACAUUGUUUGAGGAGUUCCCGAUGGAUUGUUUUGAUGGGCUUGAUUUCCAAUCCUUGGUCUCCGAGAACUAUUCACCUUACGAGCGUCCAAACUCCCAGAGAAAACAGAAUCCUCAGUCAGUUAUAGCCCGACCAGGACCAAGUCCGAGCAAGAAGGUCAAGGUCAUCAAUAAGUCUGGUGAUCCCAGACUCAUUUCUUUUGAGCACUCCAAUAAUACGCACCAGUUAUGCGAUCUGGCUCCCAAUGUGAAGCUCGAAAGCCUCAGUGAAAACGUACUGAAUCUGGCGUCUUUAAGAAGCUGUCAAGGCGCAUACUAUGAAGGCAUAAAUUUCGCAAAAGGUGAGAAACAGACGAGAAACCCACUCCAAGCUCAAGAUCACGUCAUGGCCGAACGAAGACGAAGGGAAAAGCUCAACCAGAAGUUCAUUACUCUCUCCUCCAUCAUUCCUGGCCUCAAGAAGAUGGACAAGGCGUCGGUGUUGGGAGAUGCUAUAGAGUACGUGAAACAGCUGAAGGAACGCGAGAAGAUUCUGGAAGAACAAGUCGCUAUGAAUAGAAAGGAAUCUGCACUCUUGACGAGGAGAACUAUUCUCUUUGCGAACGACGGUGAUAAGUCGCCGCCGUCCUAUGAAAUUCCCGACAAGUCACUGGCUGAAAUCGAGGCCAGAGUUUUGGGUAAAGAUAUACUCAUCAGAAUCCAAUGCGAGAAACAUAAUGGGUGUGAGGCUAAAAUACUGCGAGAAUUUGAAAACCUUCGUCUCACUGUUCAUAGCAGUAGCACCCUCCCAUUUGGAGAGACCACCCUUUGUAUAACCAUCAUCGCUCAGAUGGACAAGGAGCACAGCAUGACAGCAAAGGAUCUCGUGGGAAGCUUGAGGAAGGCAUUGACAUUAGAUCGUGCGUAGUUCAGAUAAUACAUAUUGUUAGUAGAGGGGUGGUUUUUGAGCGGCUUUGAUUUUUCAAACCUACUCUUUCUUGAUACUCCCUCUUUUAGAUCUGUUGUGAUAAGCAGAAAAUUAAGGUUCUUGUUUGUAGAGACGAUAAUAGAACUAGCAGGCACAUGUAUGUUUCGCAUCGUUUAUUGUUGUGUAUAAAGUUCUUAUGAUUAUUUGUGCU